AUGGCUUCGUCAGUACCGAAAACGUCAUGGGCGGACGACGUGGAUGAGCUUGAACUGCCAAAAAACGAAGAGUUUGUCGACGAGAACGGGGUACGGACGACAAUAGAAUAUACACUGAAUGACGAGGGAAAGAAAGUGAAGAUUACUCGUCGAAUCAAGCGAACAUUGCAAAAAUCCGUCGUAGACCACGCUGUUGCAGAACGACAAAAAUGGGCCAAAUUCGGUGCGGAGAAAGGGAACAAGCCUGGCCCAGACAGAGCCACGACCACAGUCGGAGAAAACGUCUCCUUAAAGAUGAGCGCUGGAAACAAGCAAUCAGAAGCUGAGCAAGCUCCUGAAGAGUCCAUGAAGAGCCGCGUCAAGGCCGCUGGGGCUGGAAAGGUUGUAUGUCGACUGUGUAAGGGUGACCAUUUCACCGCCAAGUGUCCUUACAAAGACACCCUUGGGGGACUCGAGAACUCUGGCCCUGGCCCGGAUGAGGACCUCGGGACCGGACCUGAUACAACUGCCCCAGCAGCCUCCGCUGGUGGCAAAUACGUCCCACCCUCCAUGCGUGCCGGCGCUCGUGCUCCCGGAGAGUCGAUGCGCGGUGUUGGUGGCAAUCGCGAAGAUCUUCCCACCCUGCGUGUCACAAAUAUCUCAGAAGACACCCAGGAGAACGACCUCAGAGAACUGUUCGGUGUUUUCGGAAGGGUUGCAAGGGUGUACGUUGGCCGAGACAGAGAGACGGGUGCUGGGAAGGGCUUCGCAUUUGUCAGCUUUGAGGACAAGGCUGUUGCUCAAAGGGCCAUCGAUAAGGUCCAUGGACGAGGUUAUGAUAAUCUCAUUCUCAGCGUCCAAUGGAGUCAGCCACGGCCAGACGGCAGAUGA